GUAUAGAAACAAGAAGAAUUGAAAACAAAGUAUACGUCAGCUGGAAAAGCUGACUACCGAAUGUCAUUCAAAUUUUCGUAAAAUAAAGGGGAAAAAAUGGAAAAUGUCAUUUGCAGGGAUGCGUUGCUCGCGAAAAGUCGAACGUCUCGUGUUAGUUAAAGUGUGAAAUUUGUUCUACAUGGCAAGUUUGUGCCUGAAAAUCUAUCGUCCGUGAAAAAAUAAAAAGUGAGAAAGAGCGAGAGAGGAAGGGAGAGAGUGAGUGAGUGUGUAGGAAAGAGAGAGAGAGCGAUAUUCAUAUAUAGAACGUUGUAGUUCUAUAGUUCGUUGCGAAACGUCACAACAGCCACGGUCCACGUAAAGAACGCCUGUGGCGUUGACGCUGCCAAAAUGGAUCAAGAGACGGUGUACGGGACACAUGAAGAUAGCCAUGUCGUCAUGUCGGAAAAAGUACAGUCAUUGGCAGGCAGUAUUUAUCAGGAGUUUGAAAGAAUGAUAGCGAGAUACGACGAGGAUGUUGUCAAAGAACUUAUGCCCCUGCUAGUCAAUGUUCUCGAAUGCUUGGACAUAGCUUAUACCGAGAAUCAGGAGCAUGAGGUCGAAUUGGAGCUCCUCAGAGAGGAUAACGAACAGCUUGUUACUCAGUAUGAGCGGGAAAAACAGCUGCGCAAAACCUCCGACCAGAAACUAUUGGAGCUCGAAGAUGUGGCGGAGGAUGAGAGAAAAGAGUUAUUAGGAAAAAUUGAUAGUUUAGAAUCAAUCCUGAGAAUGCUUGAGCUGAAGACGAAGAAUUCUCAUGACCACGGUACAAAUGUCAAUGCCAUCUCCAGUUCAUGCUCCCACAGAUCACCUUCCUACAUUGUUCGUUUGGAGGAAAAGGAAGCAGAGUUGAAACGAGAAUAUUCACGAUUGCACGAUCGUUAUACCGAAUUGUUUAAGACCCACGUAGAUUAUAUGGAAAGAACGAAAAUGCUGGUCGGGAGCACGGAGAGAUUAGAAAACACGACUGGUGGACGCGGCCCAGCUCGUUUACCUUCUCUCGGAUUGGCUCACAUGUCUCGAAGUUCCGGACCCCUCAGCUACGGUUUUCAGAGCUUAGAAGCAAGCAUGAACGCCGAGGACAUUCAAGAGGAGAACUCACAAAAUACAGUCAACCUCAAAUCCGAGAUGCAAGACAGCAGCAGCGAAGCUGCUAUCGAAAUGUCCGAUAAAAGUCAGUUAACCGAUCUUCCGGUACAGGAGAACAAAACUACCGCGAUAUCGAGACAUGAAAGUCCAGAGACCGAAGCACCUCCGGUCAUAAUGACACCGACAACUCCAACGGUUCUUGAUAAAUUGGCGUCGACCCCAAGUGGACGUAGCCGGACUGAGAGAGAACAACGUAGUGGAAACACGUUAUAUCAAGAGUUGAGUUUCCAAGACGCGGAUGCUCUUGGAGAAAUGGACGAAGGCGCAGAUAUCACUGGGAGCUGGGUUCAUCCCGGAGAAUACGCUUCAUCGGUCAAUGACAACUUUUUCGGAAUGGGAAAGGAGGUGGAGAAUCUCAUUAUGGAAAACAACGAGCUGCUGGCUACGAAAAAUGCCCUCAAUAUCGUGAAGGACGAUCUCAUCGUUAAAGUCGAUGAGAUGACGAGUGAACAAGAAAUUCUUCGGGAAGAAGUGAGAGGUUUGCAACAGGCAAGAGAUCGCUUGCGUCAAAAAGUCACUGCAAUGGAAGAAGAACUGAAGAAAGUUAAAGAGGAGGCUGAAACUGCAGCGAAAGCAACGAAAAGCGACGACGAAGAAGACGUUCCUUUGGCACAGAGAAAAAGAUUCACCAGAGUUGAAAUGGCUCGUGUUCUCAUGGAGAGAAAUCAAUACAAGGAACGUUUCAUGGAGCUCCAAGAAGCUGUCAGAUGGACGGAAAUGAUAAGGGCUAGCAAAACCGACCCUGCCAGUAUUUCCGGCGGUAAACAAUCAGUCUGGAAGUUUUUUAGUAAUCUCUUCACUGGACCGGCCGAUCGAGGGGCUCUCGUGAGAAGCUCGCACACAAUGCCACACAUUCGCUACAGCGCACCGACGAAUCAGGUUGUACCGGCACCUCCUCUCGACACAAUGCGUAGGCGCAACUUCAAAAAUCGACAUGAUUUUUUCGACCAAGGAGACACUAUGUCGUCGGAAAAAUUAUACGCUAGACGGGCCAACGAGAGAAGAGAACAGUAUCGCCAAGUUCGAGCUCACGUCAGAAAAGAAGAUGGACGCUUGCAAGCCUACGGAUGGAGCUUGCCUGGAAAACCGAGCGCUCCAGCUCGACAUCCCGUUCCCGUUCCGGUUUAUUGUAGGCCUCUCCAGGAAACUGAACCAGGAAUGAAGAUCUGGUGCGGUGCAGGUGUGAAUUUGAGCGGCGGAAAAACCCGGGACGGUGGCAGCAUGGUGGGAGGGAGCGUGUUUUAUGCGGCGGAAGCGCGUGAGACGAUAAAUGCUAAAGCGGAAGUGGAGGAUGCAGUGGAGCAUUUGGACAAGGAAUUGCAGGAGAACGAGCAGCGACGUUUGGAAGCGGAGCGUUUGGAGCAGCAGUUGAGCUCGUUGGUGUGGAUAUGUACGUCAACUCAAAAGAUGUCGAAAGUAACGGUGAUCGACGCGAACAAUCCGGCGGACAUACUGGAGGUGUUUAACGUGUGUCAGAGUCACUUGUUGUGUAUAGCGAGCGUUCCAGGUGCAAAGGAAAGCGAUUAUGCUCAAAAUUCGGAAGAUUCGUCAUUCCGAAUAACGAACGGUUUGAGCGAUCGAGAAGCGAGUAGCAACGGCAUGAUCGAGGAGGGUCAAAUAUCUUUAGAAUCUCCCUCGUCGAUCGACGAGAGUAAAAAUAUUCUCAAGGCUGCAGAUUCGGAAGAGAAGAGCCAAGCAACCUCGGAAAGUGUCAGCGCUCGUUUUUCCUUGGACGAUAAACCGAGCGAAGAUUUGGAAAAAGUUGGCGAGCUCGAGGCCUCCAACACGGGACCUCAGAGCCUCGAGAAUCCUGACAGCGAAUCAACCAAUCUUGGCAAAGUACAAUUCGUCAAAAGCGCACCUAACGUCAUAGCGUCCUCAAAAAAUGACGACAGUGGUGUCAACGGUGAUGAGGAACAAAAUGAAACUCUUCCCGACGAAGAAGAACCCAUUGAAAAAAUGUCCUCUAUUCAACCGACCAUGUGGCUCGGUGCUCAGAAUGGUGCCGUUUAUGUUCAUUCUGCUGUUGCCAAAUGGUCUAUUUGCUUGCACACAGUUAGACUCAAAGAUGCUGCACUUGCCAUCGUCCACGUACAGGGUCGAGUUCUUGUUGCUCUUGCUGACGGUACGGUAGCCAUUUUUCGAAGAGGAUCCGACGGCCAAUGGGAUCUCUCCCAACAUCAUAUUAUUACUCUCGGUAGUCCUCAACAUUCCAUAAGGUGUAUGGCAGCUGUGACAGGUAAAACUGUUUGGUGCGGAUACAGAAAUAAAAUUCACGUCAUCGAUCCCAUUCUCCUGACCGUCGAGUGUACCGUUGACGCUCAUCCACGACGAGAGUCGCAAGUCCGGCAAUUAGCCUGGCUCGGUGAGGGAGUCUGGGUCAGUAUUCGUCUCGAUUCAACCCUCAGGCUCUAUCAUGCUCACACUUAUCAACAUCUUCAAGAUGUCGAUAUUGAGCCAUACGUCAGCAAAAUGCUUGGCACUGGAAAACUCGGUUUUUCAUUUGUACGAAUAACCGCCUUACUCAUAUCCUCAAACCGGCUGUGGAUUGGUACCGGUAACGGGGUCAUAAUAUCCGUACCACUAUCGGAAAGCGCCGGUGGAUCUUUGGCUGUGUCGAGAGUUCAAUCGGUUGGAGGAAAAUUCGACGCACCUGGCGUGGGUGUGAGAAUAUUCGCUUCGGAUCGUGGAGUCACGCCCGGAAGUUUCGUUCCUUACUGCAGUAUGGCACACGCUCAAUUAAGUUUUCAUGGGCACAGAGACGCAGUCAAGAUGUUCGUCGCUGUUCCAGGUCACGGAGGUCAAAGUGCAGCAUCUGACGAUUCGCAGCCAGCGAUGCUCGUUCUUUCCGGUGGAGAAGGUUACAUCGAUUUUCGCGUCGGUGACGGUGAGGAACCGGAGGAUGGUCUUGAUCGACAAAACGCAACCUCGUCAACGAAUGCGGAGGAGCACGGUGAACAGAGUCACCUCAUUGUUUGGCGAGUCGAAUUGCCCUUGCCGGCUCAAAUAAACGGCUAACAGCAACGUGGAACGUAGAAUAUUUGCCACAACGAGAAUAUCCGUUACGAUUGUAACGUUAAAAAAAUGACUCAUUCGAUGUAAAUGCGGCGGAAUGAAGAAAAACGCGUUAUUUAUUUGUUUGGAAAACGAAUGCUCGAGAACGUAGAUAAGUGGGGAAGAAGAGACAAAAGGAAAAAAAAAUAUACGGAAGAGGAGUAGUGAAGUUUGCGGCGUUGGAAUGCAGCGAAUUUUUCAUUUUUAUACUUUUUUCUUAAUUUUGAAAAAUCCAACAAAUUUUGGCCGAUUUAAUCAGAGAAUCUUUAACGAAGAGCCCAAGAAUAGAAUCACAGCUUUACGUAGCUCUCAAUCGAAGACUUUUUUUGGCAAUAAAAAAAAAUACUUCCCUGCGUUCCAACAAUGCGAAUCUGUGACGCUGGAAAAAAAUGAAGUGCGAGAGAGAAAAUCCAUUUCGCAAAAAUCGAAGUAGCGUGCUUACAACUUCAUUUUAGGCAGAUUAUUCACGUUAUUUUGAGGCGACACAUUUUUCCAAAGAGCAUUUCAAUUUUGGGAUGCUUAACGAGAAAUAUAGAAGAAAUCAGACAUUUUUUAGUCAAGUAUUGAUUUUCUAUGAUCAUAAGGCCAGAAAGGUUCAUCCACAAAUCAUUGUGACGCAAAUUUUCUUAAACGCUGAAGAGAAUUUUUUUGUACAGUUAUUUGGAACGUUUUUUCCAGCAUUUUUAUCAAAUUUGAGGUUCGUAGAAUCCUCAGCAAAAAAGUUAUUCGACAAAAUCAUUCCACAAAACGAACAUGAAACCGUUGCUCCAAUGGUUGUUGAAUUAUCGCGUAGCAACAAAUUCAUUACAACCUUUGAACACAGUUAUCGUUGAGCUUUAACACAUUCACAAAAUUCUAACAACCUCAGAUAUUUGAAGAUUUUUAUGAAUUCGCCAAGAACUUAAAUUAUAACCAAAAAAAUGUGUAAUUUGCGGGAAGAUUGAUGCAGCCCACUAAUGAGUCAGGCGUGAUAACGAAAGAUUUCUCAAGAAGGUAAAAAAAGAGCGAAAGCGUUUAAAUCGAUCGCGUAAACAAUGAGGAUUUCCGUAUUUAGCCUGGAAACUGGCGUUCGUUAUCACGAAAGUGUAUUUUUAUUUUGUUUAUUAGCGUUCACGCGUACUUUUUGUUUUUUAUUUUUUAGAUAUACAGAGAGCGUCUAUUGAGGGUAAAAAGAGAGUCAGAAUCGCCCCGGGGGUGAGCUCGACGCCGAUAAUUAUUGUCUUAAAAACCCCUCGUGCGAGAUCGGUAGGGAAAAAAUCAUGUACAAGAAAAAAAAUGUAGAGGCACGAAGUUUCUGUAAAAAUGAGUCGGCGAAUUUUAAUGCGAAUUACGUUCGAUUUUGCGCCUCGAUUAAUAGCGCGGAUAUGCUGCAAAAAAAAUGCAAAAACGAAUAAAUCAAGUAAAGCACAGACGCACGUGCAAUUUUAGCUCAGCGUUGGCAUGGACAACGAUUCGUUACACAUUCACGUCUGAGCAUAGUAAUUUAUACAUAGCUAUUGACGAAUUAAAUAUAUACAUAUAUAUAUUAAUGCAUAUAUGUAUAUGUAUAUAUGAACCUGAUCAUCGAUCGAUUAAUAAUUUAUAAAGAACAAAAAACAUGAAAAACCAACUGGGUUUUUAUUGCCGAGACUCGUCGUCGCCGUUGCAUAUUAUUGUUUUUUUUUCUAUCUCUUAAAUUAUUGUUUUCGUUUUAUCUCAACGUUUCGUAGUCGUAAUCUGUGUAUAAUAAACUCUUUAUCGGGGAUAAUUCGACAAUUAUUAUCCACGCUAGUCGCGCGUCGUCGGAAUAUUGCUCAUGUUGAGAUAUUCUUGGUCAACGCUGCUGCUGCUGCUGCUGCUUUAUUGUCUCGCUGCAAUCGGCUUCUCGCGGACGGCUGUAAAUUUCUUAUUUAUGCAUAUACAAAUAUAUAUCGAGAUUGUUUUUAGUUUUUCGAUCCCUACGUUUUUGGGAUCAGGCCUGAUCGAUAUUUGCGAAAGUUUGAAGGGAUUUGUACUUCGGGAGAUGGAAAAAUCGAUUUUUUUUGUUCAUCCGAAAUGUUACUCUUCAGUGGAAAUUUAUGGAUACGGCGUAACGAUUGUUCCAAUAAUGAUGAUGAUGCGAUUGGAAAUAUAAAACAAUUUUGUUUAUUUACAACCGAAAUUUUUGUCUUGUUAUCAGUUUAUUUCGAAAUGAUUUUUCCAGUUUUUCUGAAAUAGUUUUUCUUUUAUAGCGCUAUAUAUUUAACAGAAUCGAUUUUUUUUUUAAACAAGAUUUACUUUUGUAAAUAAUUUGAAAAGUAAGAAUUAUUCGGAACGAUGAAAAAUUUCAAAAUUAUGCUGCAAAUGGAAAACUAAAAUUUGGAAACAUAACCUCAAAAUCUAUGUGACUGAAAAACUGAGUUUUCGUCAUGUCCUCGUCAGAACUAGGAAUUUUUAGAAAGUUUUCUUUUCCAUAUCUGGUUUUAAAAUUACACAUGAUUCAGAUGAACAAUGAAAAAAUCGAUUCUUCCCAGUUGUAGAGCUACGUCAAGCUUCGAAUCGGCCCUUCGUUUCUUCGUAGUUUUUACACUUCUUCAUUACGAAACGAAGAAAUCUUUCAGCUACUCGUAGAAGUAUUUCUGUAGUAAAAAUGUCUUAAGAAGUUCGGAACUCGAUGAAAUUGUGCACUGACGUUUUCCGACCUUUUUCAAGUUUGGAGGUUAACUUUUUUGUUGUAAACUCAUUUCAAAUGAUACGAGAGCUGAUCCGAUUGACCUUACGCGUUUCGUUACACAUAUUCGUCCGAAAAUUGUUAACCAAAGAUAAAUGCUAUGACGAAUCGUAUAUUAAUUGUAAAAGUUAUAUUAAAAGAAAAAUGGAAUUCCACGAUGCGCAUGAAGCCAUCCAAUCUCUUCAGCCCCGAACAAUCGCUUGAUAAACUCGCUCAAAGUAUCAAAAUUGUCCACGAGUUCAUUUGGAUUCUUCACAAUGAAAUGAUUUUCUCGAGACAAUAGAUUUCUGAUAAAAAAAUCGAAGUCGUGUUGCGAAACACGAACUCGAUCAACUCGAACUAUUUUUUAGGAGCCAGAGAUUUUCUAUUUUCCAGUUCAUUUCUUUCAAUGUUGUCUUUGAAUCCGAAACACCACGAGGCCUAAAUUGCCGCAAUAAAGUGAGCCAUUUUUUUCUUGUA